AUGAAGACUUGUAAGAGGACAUUAUUUCUGAAAAGCGUGAACAAAGGCAAUACAAUGGGGGUACCGAGUAGUAUACGACUGAGCAGAAAACGCCGUGCUCAUGAAGAGUUGCCAAAUGAUAAUCCAUGCACUUCGGUAUUCACGCGCACAGGCACGGGCGUUUUGGGAACAACAGCUGGCGCCACUACCAACUACCGCGAAACAUCAGCUAUGUGCGGCAACACAACAUCAUUUUCUGGAACAUCAUGGCUUGACAGCCAUGGAAGGUUUCUGCGAUACCCUAUCCUUGAUCGCCACUUGGACAACCUUCACCAUCUUGUUUGCACUUUUGACGCAUUUUUGGUUCCUGCCGACUUUGAGAAUGUUGUCAUCGGAAGCUCGAGCUUUCAGGCAAGCCUUCAAGGAUUAGCAUGUUUAUUGUCUUGCAGAAGUAUCUUUGGAAGGUGA